CAAUUAGCAUCAUCCCAGACAAUGAUUUUUGCCAUUCAAGAAAUAAACAGGGAUGAGCUGCUUCUUCCAAAUAUAAAACUGGGUUUUCAGAUUUAUGAUACCUGUGCAACACACACCCAGUCUCUCAGAGCAGCCUUAGCAUCUACCAAUGGCAAAAAUGAAGAAAUAUCCAAACAAGACUGCAAGGGAUUCUCCACCAUUCCUGUAAUUGUCGGAGACUCAGGAUCAACACAGUCGAUGAUUAUACAAAGAACACUGGGCGCUUUCAGAAUUCCGAUGGUCAGCUACUUUGCAUCCUGUGCCUGUCUAAGUCACAGGAAUAAGUUCCCAGCUUUUUUCAGAACGAUGCCAAGUGAUGCCCACCAAGCUCAAGGUGUUGCUCAACUGGUGAAGCAGUUUGGCUGGACUUGGAUUGGAUCGAUCGCAGGUGAUGAUGACUAUGGCCAUAAUGGAAUUCAAGCAUUCAGUGAUGCAGUCAGAAAACUUGGUGUUUGCAUUGCUUUUACGGAAGUAAUUCCAAAAAUAUACUCCAGGAAAAGGAUACUUCAAAUAACGGAGACCAUCAAGACAUCGACUGCGAGGGUCAUUGUCAUGUUUGCUAUUGAGGGAGAUGCGUACCCUUUAAUCAGAGAAGUCGUGAAGCAAAAUCUUACUGGUCGACAAUGGAUAGCGAGUGAGGCCUGGGUUACAUCUGCUUUAAUCGCGACAAAAGAAAAUUUCCUGACUAUGAGUGGGACAAUAGGGUUUGCAAUUCCCAAAUCUGAAAUUCCAGGCCUGAGGAGUUUUCUUCUUCAUGUCCAUCCUUUCAAAUCCCCAAAUAAUCCCUUUGUGCGAGAAUUGUGGGAGACAUUAUUUCAAUGUUCCCUUGGAGCAUCAGGUCCCAACAAAGGAAUUGACACAUCCAAAGUCCCUCAUGGACAAUGCACAGGUAUAGAGGAUUUAAACAAUACCUACAGCAUCUAUUCAGAUGUGUCUGAACUGAGGGUUUCUUACAAUGUGUAUAAGGCCAUAUACACAAUAGCACAUGCCCUUCAUAAUCUGAACUCUUGCAAAAAUGGCACUGGUUUCCUAUCAAAUAACACCUGUGCCAAUAUUUUCAACUUCAAACCAUGGCAGCUCCUCCAUUACCUGAAAGAGGUGAGAUUCACCACUAAGUUAGGGGAAGAAAUCUAUUUCGAUGAGAAUGGGGAUCCACUUGCAUCUUAUGAUAUAAUCAACUGGCACAAAAAUGCAGAUGGUUCCAUUAAAUAUGUUCAGGUUGGCAGCUUUAAUGCUGCAUUAGGUUUGGGAAACGAACUUCUGAUAAAUGAGGAAAAUAUUAUUUGGCACAACGAUCAAAUGACAGUUCCCCAGUCAAUGUGUACAGAAAGUUGUCCUCCUGGCACGAGGAAAGCAAUUCGACGUGGACAACCACUUUGCUGUUCUGAUUGUUUGCCUUGCCCUGAUGGUGAAAUUAGUAAUGACACAGAUUCACUGAACUGUGUUCCUUGUGCACUGGAAGACUGGUCCAACCUACAAAAAAAUCAAUGCAUCCCGAAAGAAAUUGAAUUCCUUGCAUUUGACGAGGCAAUGGGAAUCACAUUGACAACUGUGUCCUUGCUUGGAACAGCCAGCACAAUGUCUGUUGCAGGGGUCCUUUGGUAUUACAGGAAAACGCCAAUUGUUCGAGCCAACAACUCUGAACUCAGUUUCCUUCUCCUCAUCUCAUUGAUGUUCUGUUUCCUGUGCUCGCUGACUUUUAUUGGCCAACCAUCAGUCUGGUCCUGCAUGCUGAGGCACACACUGUUUGGGGUCAGUUUCGUUCUCUGCAUUUCAUGUGUACUGGCCAAAACCCUGGUUGUAUUGAUGGCUUUUCGAGCCACUCUUCCCAACAAUAACAUGAUGAAAUGGUUUGGGACUCUGCAGCAACUCCUCAGCGUCCUGGCCUGCACAGUUGUCCAAGUUGUAAUCUGUGUUGCUUGGCUCCUUGUGUCUUCACCAUUUCCAGUAAAGCAGACUAAAUAUUACAAUAAGAAGAUUAUUUUUGAGUGUGAUUUAGGCUCAGUGAUGGCAUUUUGCUGUGUGCUGGGUUACAUCGGCCUUUUAUCCUGCAUGAGCUUUGUCCUUGCAUUCUUAGCUCGAAAGCUGCCGGAUAACUUCAACGAGGCUAAAUUCAUCACCUUUAGCAUGCUGAUUUUCUGUGCAGUUUGGUUGACUUUUAUUCCUGCGUACAUCAGUUCUCCUGGAAAAUACGCUGUCGCUGUUGAAAUCUUUGCCAUUUUGGCAUCAAGCUUUGGUCUGCUUAUCUGCAUUUUUGCUCCAAAAUGUUACAUAAUCCUGUUAAAACCAGAAAGAAACACAAAGAAACAUCUCAUGAAUAAAACAGGCCAGUUGAAAACAUACCAGUCACCUUAA